CCAUAAUGCAUCGGUCGAUUGUCGGUGACGAAGGGCUAGGCGUAUUCGCGACUGGUUGGGGCAUAAUACUAUUUUAAAAAAUUGGGUAAAAUCCUCAAAAUUAUUCGCCAUCCGAAUCGGAUCAUACGACAAAUAAAUGCAAAAAUGAUAAAAUAUUGAAGUCACACCAGUAUUUCAAAUAUAUCUUAUAACGUAAAGAAGAUAAUUGGAAACCUAAGGAAGGUUAAGGGAGGAAUGUUAAAAAAGGGUAUAAUUAUUACGCGAUUUCUUGAAAAAAUUAAAUUAACCCUUUAAAAUCUGGUCAUAAACAAAUUUUUCUUUUCAUCUAUAGACAAUCAUGCCUAAGAACCGAAGGAAGCAUUUGUAUGACGAUGAAUACGACGCACGGUCCUACUCUCAUCUUGUUUCCCAAGGACAAGGGCCUGUACAGACUCAAUCCCACAGCAGUUAUGGCGGUUCCAAAAAGCGUUUAAAGAAAAAGAAAAGUCACAGAAAAAGAUCAAAAGAUCGAGAUGAAAGAUCGCAACCUCAAAAGUCUUUGGUUGACUAUGACGACAUCAGUUCGGAUUCUGAUAUAGUAUCGACAAGUCCACCUGCUGUCAAUGUAACUUCUAAAACGGCUGGCUUGCCAACUUCUUCAGGUCGCUCAAGCAAUCACGCACGUCUUGGCCAUAGCUCUGGAAAAAGGGCGGAAUCACCAGCCACUGCUUUAAGACUAUACAGAGAUGGACGGAGCCGUAGUAAAUCACAACACCGAGGAGACAGUCCGCGAUCUCACUCACAACAAAAUCGUUCUAAAAGCAGUAAGAAAUUAAAACGCUCCCGACAUCUGUCUCCGGAUUUUGAUAACAGUGGCGUACACAAUACUCACAGUCAUGGUAGAGACGUCAAGUACAACAAUAAUAAUACAUCAAGACCACACCCUGUUCCAGAACUUAGGGACUUUCCUAAGGCAUAUGCUGAUCUACCCAAAGCAUACAGUACAGAUUACAAAGACACAUCAGAUAAAAGACACCGGAGUCCCAGUCCCUACAAGUAUGACAAAAGGGACAGGAGAAGUUCCAGGAGCCCAUCCAGUAAUAGGUGAGUAUUAAAAAAUUAUUAAUUUUAUUCAGAUCAAAUGUAGGUAAUAAAAUUGGAAACUGUUUACCUAAAGCCUAAGUCUAAGUUCACUGAUUGGGAGUCACAUCUCAUUCAAUAUUUCAGAGGCUAAUAUUAAUAAUGAUAUAUAUAUCAUAUAUAUAUGGCAUCCUUCUAUCUUCGUAAGACGGUGAAGUAGCUAUGUACACUAAAACAAAUGGCUCACUAUACCGCUCCCUGGAAUGGAAUUUCUCGGAGGAGCCUUUGACUCCUGGUUAGAUUUUGGUUUCUGUAUUGUUCUUUUGUUGCAAGAGCUUCCUUUCUCGCAUCUUCUGCAUUCGAGGGUUUGACUCUUUUAUUAUACACUACAGUUCGCCAGCUAGAACGUUGUUUAGCAAUGAUCUCCCAUUCGUUGAUCUAGUCUUUCUUGCUUCGUCAAUCUGUUGUCAAAUCCAGGACACAUUGUUCUUCUAUUCCAUGUUGUGAAGUUGUUGAGUCUUCCUUCUAUUUACUUUCCUUGCUUUACAAAAAAUUCUGCUGCUGGUGAAGUGUCACCACCAGUGCAGCUACUUGCCUGGGCCAUGGAGACCAUCUGUUGUCCCCACAGAUCCCCACUCUCUACACAGCCAGUGAAUCCAAGGGAAUGACAACUGCCAAUACAAGUUGGCACUGAUUAUGACAAAUACAUCCAUUGUCCCUAUCAGAAAUGAUUACAUGACUAGUUGUAAGUAUAAAUAAUAAAUAAGCUUAAACAUCAUCUCUGUACUCUGUAUUAGUUUUUUUAUACAGAUUUUUAAAUUAACAUUGUUAAGAUGAAAAUAUGACAAAAUUUACAAAAAUUGAAAAUUUUAAAGCUUUUCAAUUUAAAAUGGUCUAUAAAAAAUGAACCAUGAUGAGACUGAAUAUGUAGGCAAAUUUGCUGAAUCAGCUGUUAAAUCAUCCAUGUUAGGGUCAAUAAACUUGUUUUAAUUACUGAAACUAGCCAAGUUAUUUUCAGUAUUUUAUUACAGAAGACACUUGCAUGGAUAAUGGAUAGGAUAAAGCAGCAGUAGUUAUUGGGUUUUCAAUUCAUAAUCUAACCAGCUGCAGCUGUAAAUCUACAGUGCAAUUGGGACACACUGGGAAGCUGAUUCUUCUACACCUUAAAAUUAAAAAAAUUAUGAUUCACCCCUGAAACUGUCAACGUUAUAGUAGGAAUUUCACACAUAGACUCAAUUGUCUUUCAAAGAAAAUUGAAGUCCCUUUUCAAUUAAAAAGUCAUAAGUUUUAAUAUAUAUAUAUAUUAUGUACGGUCUUAGGCUUGGCUAAACUAAAACAGUUACACCCAGAUAAACACAUUUUGACACCUAUCAAUCCAGUUAACCAGAAAUGGCUAUUAAGUAGUGGUUAAAAAUCAUGCAGUCAUUGGUAUUUUAGAUUGUAAGAAGCUAAGAAAAUGUCAGAUUUCAGUAGUCUUUACCUUUGCACAUCAGUUGAUAUUGAUGGGUCAGAUCAACUUAUUUUUUGACCAACCUAAAUUAUUAAAGUCUGAAACCAAAAUUGCAUUAAUGAUGGAGUCCAUUAAGUAAAGAAGCCUGUAUUUAUAUAGCCUAUGUUGAUUCAGUUAAAAACUAUGAUUAACAAAUUUUAUGUAUUGGUGGUUUUUGGGGUGAUGUGGUGAGUGGGAUUAGGUCACUUAACUUGUACAAGUAGGCCUAUUUACAUUUAAAAAAAAUAAUUUUUUUUUCUCUUAAAGUUUUGAGUUUCAUGUAAGCUUAUUAACCACAGAAAUAUUAACUUUGAAGACAGGCAUACUUUAUUUAUUUAUUAUAUGAAGUUUUUAUCACUUUAAUAAAGUUCUCAGCACUUUAGUGUUGAUGAAUGAAGGUCUCAUUUAUUUUUGCAGAUUUCUGCAUUUUUAAGGUUUCUUAUCAUCCUGCUCAUCCUUUUUUGGUAGUUAUUAAAUUAAGGUGUAAGUCUUGGGAGAGCUGAAAAGUGGUAAUAUUAUAUCUCAUUUGUAUGUUUGCAAGGGGGGGGAACAUAGGCGGCAUAGUUGUUCUAAUUUUAUUGUUCCUGUCUUUUGAUGCUAUUUAUGGGAUCUAGGCCAUGCGUGUGUGUAAAACGCAUUCCUUUGAGCCCAUAGCCCAUCCAUAUAUUUACUCAUCUUUUCGGAAAUUCUGUUUGCCAAAUUAUUUGGCUGUUUAUGCAUGUUCCCAAGUAUAUCUGAUCUCUCAUUUCUAUGUAUAAUGAUGUCCUGUUAUCCACUGUAAGGUUAGUUUGAUUGCAUAUGUUUUGAGAAGGCAGUUUUCAAAAGUAAUUUUGUAAGGUCUUGGUGCUCAGCAAUUUUUUUGUCUUGUUGGGUAAGCUGUGAAAAUUGCAGUUGAAUGGUAUAAUGCUGUUUCAAAGUAGUCAACUCUUCUGUAGCUACUUCUGAAGCUACUUUAAAAAAAUAACAUUGUGAUUCAAUGUUUAAAAGAGAGAGAGAGACAUACCAAAUCUGUUUUAUGGCAUUGUUAGAGCAGAAAUAGAGAAACGCAAAAAAAUGACAAAGUAACAUCAUUCGCAACUUUAAUAUUUAUAACUCAAUCCCGGCGGCCGUGCCACUUCCGUAUUUAAUUUAUAUUCCUGAGAAAGGGAAGUUACUCUGAUUCGCUCUCUGAUUUACAUUAUAAAAUAUUUUUUAAGCUGCUUAAUAUAAAUUAAUAUUGAGUUAAAAAUAAAUGCAUUUAGAAAUGAAUGUUUAAUAAAAAAAAUAAUAACAGCACCAAAAAAAAAAACUCGAUAUAGACGCACUGUACUAGCACAGACAUAAAGUGAAACAAGAUAUUAAAAAAUUCAGUUUUUUAAAUUAAAAAUGCACAGAAUCAUGCCAUCACCAGAAGUCUUGAGGAUUUCAUUGCUGUUUUAAAAUAAAAAUGUAAGAGGUGCUGGAACUCGUGAAAACACAUUUAGUCGCAGUUGUCUAGGAUGAGUUAAACAUGCAUUUAUUUCUAUAACUCUCAUGUUAGUCAUUUUAUGAGAUAUUUUAACUAUUUAAUUUUAUAACCAUGGCCUGGGCUAAUAAUAUUGUACCUUUUUUUUAUUCUCUUUUAAAUUCUGAUAGGAAACACAAAUAUUCAUCAAGAACUGCUGGAAGCCCAAGUAAAUAUUCAAAAAAAAAUAAUGCGUCACCAUCUUCUGGUCGCAUUUAUGGUCGUCAGUCACCCAGUCCAUCUCGGACGUCAGCCUUUUCUACUUCAAGAACUAAAGUCAGUAACACUAAAACACUUCAGUAUGCAACAAGUUUAGCUGCGGAACUGAGUAAGCAUCGCAGAGCUAGGGAGAAUAAAAAAAGAAGAACUGGUCAAGAUGUGAGUUCAUUAGACAGUAAAACAAAUUCUCCAGACUUGGAAGUAAUAAGUCGAUCACCUACUCCAGUAAGUGCCAAAGCACCUUUAUAUAUCCAGCCUAAGACUAUUUCACCAUUUAAAAACAGCCCUACCCCACUUGUUCCUCAACAAUCUCUGAAAGCUGACAAGGUUCAUGGGCAGAGCCACGAAACUUUAUUUGUUCAAAUUGAUAAUAGGGCACAGUUAUCAACUGUAGAUAGAAACAGCUAUGACCAUAGACAAAGGGCAGGACAUGUGCUUGAAACUGAUAACAAACUCAAAAGUAAUCAGAUGUCAACUCUGCCUCAGCUACCUCUACCAGAUGUUGAUCCAGAUGAGGAUAUGGACUUGGAGCAAAGUCCCUACAGGUGAGAAUUGAUCAUAGGUGUUUUUGUACUAAGAGUGUUGUGUGAUAAUCUAUUUCAAAUAUUUGUUACUGCUAUAUGUUAAAUUUUUUGAAAUAGUGAAAUCAAAGCUGAAGAGAGAGACAAAGAGUGCACCCGUCCCCGAGGUAUUCGUGAUCUCCCUCUGCCUCCCAUAGUUGAUGAACCUGAAACUGAAGCAGAUGACCAUUCCCGAAAGCUACCUUUGAAAAAAGAAGAAGGUCCAAAGUUAAAACGACCCAAGUAAGUAAUUCUUACCUACAAAUUAUAACUGAGAAUUUCACAUCAACACAUUUCUUACAAAAGUUUGCUUAAAUAGAUAUUUAACUAUUAAGGUCAUUAUUUAUACAUAAUCAAGGUUGAAGUUUAACUCUUUUAAUGCUGAGUUUUUUGAAUGAAAGAAUUUACAUUUUUUCAAAGAGGGGAAAAGAGAAUAUUAAAAAAAAAAUUGAAAAUAUUAUUGUUUGGUUUAUAAUGCUUAAUUUGUUAUCAAAUGAAAGAUAAUUGAAUGAUCUAUAUAUUUUUUAACUUAUUUCUUCAGUUUAACAAAAAUAAGUAACAUUUAAAAAAAAAAUGAAAAUGUGAAAUGCAAAACCAUUUGUCCCACCAACCCCUUGUUGUAGGCAUACAUCAUCUUUACUAUUAUAACGCAAUCCUCAAAAACUACUAUCGGAAUCAUGUGAUCGAUCUAAAUCAUCUUCACUAUCAAUAGAAAUAGUAUAAAACAUUUCCUUUGGUAGCCAUAGCAACAGAAUUGAUAAAGGAAAAAAAAAACAGCAAAGAGUAUUAAUUAAAAAAAGGCUUUAAAUGACAACAAACAAAUCUGGUUUUGCUCAUAAAAAAUGAAGUCCCACUCUUCUAUGUGAAGGUCUCAUUAAAAAAUAGCUCUUAAAAAGUUUAACCGCAAAAUAGCAAAGAAACAACCAUGAUAUUGAAACAACUCACAGUGCGUUGGUCUGUGCUUUUUAGCACAGCGGGUGAACGUACUGUGCGUUGUGUCACAGCAAAAAAAGUUAAGGCUCGAUAUCAGCCUAGCACAAACAGUUUGAACAAGAAAGCCAAAUAAUGUAGUAUGCCAGUAAUUGCUUUUAAAUUUUUGAAUUUCUUAAGAUAUUAAAAUAUUUUUUUUCCCAAGGUAAUUUUUAAAUCAAUUUAAUGUUUCUCUAUUCACAGAAUGUGUCAUCAUCGACGCUAUAAUGACAGGCAAGGAGAUUGGGGUGAAAGAUGUGUUGAUGUGUUUGACAUUAUUCAGAUUAUUGGUGAAGGUACCUAUGGACAAGUGUACAAAGCAAGAGACAUUAGUCUUGGUUAGUAAUUCUCUAGAAGUAAUUGACUUCUUGCAUUUUCACUAAUCAAUCAAUAACUACUAAAUCUAGUAAUGAAACAAUAUUUUUACAGUUAAAUUUAGGGUGUGACAAUUUUAAGAAUAAAAUACAAAAGGCCGGAUUAUCACAAAUUCAUUUGUUCUUCAUUCAGUUGACCAAAACAUUGAUUUUAAAAAGAUUAGUGACAUUGAUUUUAAAAGAUUAGUGACAGAAAAGAUAGAAUAUCAGAUUAAUGCUAUUAGUUUUGAUAUUUGAAUUUCAUUUUGUGCAUGUUUAGAUUAAAAUUCAAUACAUCAUUUAGUGUAGUGGUAGCCUAUUUUAAUGUUAGUUGUAAUGACUUGUGGCCUGCAAACGGUUUACUUGCUAUCCAAGUGGCCAGUCUUUUUGGGUAGGCCACUCCUGAUCUGGGCAAUAAAAUAGUCGAUAAAAUGGAAAGCUGUGAAUGUGAUGAUUAGGGCAGAGGAUUUUACCAGUAGGUGUACAUAAAUUUCUGACAUGAAUUAUAAAAAAAAAAUCAUAUUGAAGAAUUUUCUGACAAUGAAUGGGAUCUAUAUUUAAUAUAAUAUAUUACAAAACUUUUUUUUUUUUUGUUUUUGUUUUUUUGUGAUAGUUUUCUCUCACAUUAAGAUGCUCAUUUUAUUAAUUCAUAAGGUUGUAAAGCAUAAUUUUAAUUAUAUAUCACUUUUAGUCUUUGCAGUGCUGUAAUGAAAGUACCUAAUAUAAUUUAUGAAGAAAAGAAACAGUUUUUAAUAGAAUAGUUUUUUUUUCACAUAGCUUUGCAUUCACAUUUGCUUGAUUAAUACUAUGCAGUUAUAAUUUGACUGUGCUUUUAUUUAAUAUUUAUAUUUAAUACCAAAAAAUUAACUAUCCAAUUUACACAUCUCUUAUGAAAUACCUAUCUGCAUUUGUGAUACCCAUUACAUACAUGACAUGAGUGUAUAGGCGUUAAAUAAUUACUUGACACACCUCAUGAGCUUAGUACCUAAGGGGAGAGAAAGUUUUUAUUGAGACCAGCAUGAAUUGUGUAUUAUUUAAGAAUAAAAUAAAUUUAAUAAUAAAAUAAUAGCUCAAAUUAGUUGAAUCACAACAUACAUAUCUGAGUUUUUUAUUUUAAUGUUUAGAAAUAGUUAACUAUUUGCUUUUAACAAAAAAUAGAUUGUGCUUAAAUUAUUAUGAAACGAACAAUUAUAAUGUAUAACUGUCUUCAUAUUAGGGCAUUCUCAAUUGUUAAAUUGGACAUCACAAGAUUCAGUUUUAUCCACAGGUAUUUUGGUUGCAUUAAAGAAGGUACGCUUGGAAAAUGAAAAAGAAGGAUUCCCAAUUACUGCUGUUCGAGAGAUAAAAAUUUUGAGACAGUUGCAACACCCUAAUAUUGUUAACCUAAAAGAAAUUGUUACAGAUAAACAAGAUGCCCUUGACUUCAAAAAAGAUAAAGGUAUGCUUGUUUGCAAUUAUAUUAAUUUUCCCUUAAUUCUACAUAGCUUUUCUUGGUUGUUGCAAUUUUAACAUAUUAUUUUGUUUGUAUUACUAGUUAUUUUUAUUUUUUUCCAUACAGGAUCCUUCUACUUAGUGUUUGAAUAUAUGGAUCAUGAUUUGAUGGGUUUACUAGAUUCUGGUUUAGUAACUCUCCGAGAAGAACAUAUUGCAUCAUUUAUGAAACAACUUCUUGAAGGGCUUCAGUAUUGUCACAGGAAGAAUUUUUUACACAGGGAUAUAAAGUGUUCUAACAUUUUACUCAAUAAUCGGUAUGUAUAUAAUGUAUGAAAACCAAUUAUUUUAUUGCUGAUUCGUUAAAAUCAUGCCAUGACUUUAGAGAAUAAUCUUAUGUUACUGUAUCAUCAGAGGUCAGAUCAAACUAGGAGAUCUUGGAUUGGCAAGAUAUUACCACGCAGAUGACAAAGAUCGUCUCUAUACCAACAAAGUAAUAACAUUAUGGUACAGGCCUCCAGAGUUGCUUUUAGGGGAGGAAAGAUAUGGUCCAGCCAUUGAUAUGUGGAGCUUGGGGUAUGUACUUUAAAUCAUUUUACAUUUCAUUUGUUUUUAUUUUUUCUAAAAAUUACAAUUUUUUAGAUAAAGGGAUUGAUAUUUCAAUACCAAAUGGAACAUUUUGUUAGUUUUUGUGUAAUUCAUUUUAGAUUUAUUUAAAUUUAGUAUUUUUACAAGUAAUUUCUAGACUUUUUAAUCAGAAUGGUUUAUUUUUCAAUUUAAGGUGUAUCCUAGGUGAACUUUUCACAAAAAAGCCAAUAUUUCAAGCAAAGGAAGAAUUUGCUCAAUUAGAACUGAUAAGCCGCACUUGUGGAUCGCCAUGUCCUGCUAACUGGCCAGAGGUCAUCAAGCUACCUUUGUUUCACAGUUUUAAACCUAAAAGACAGCACAGGAGAAGGCUAAGAGAAGAAUUUUCUUUGUGAGUAAUUUAAUUUUUGUUUUUAUCUCAUACCUUUUUCACAUAAGUUAAAUCUGUGCCUUUAAACAUGUAAUAAUAUCAUAGUGUUCAGGAUAAAAUAUAAUGCAUUUAUGUUAUACUAAUUUAUAUAGUGAAAAUUCCUAUUUAUUAUUUUACUGGAUGUAUAAAAUAUUGUGGCUUUCCCUCUAAAAGGGAAAUGGGAAGCCAUGUCAUUGUUGUGUCAAUUUCAGUCUUCCAAAGUUGGCACUUGACCUUAUGGAUCACAUGUUGGAGCUUGACCCUAGUCGCAGAUGUACCGCAGAUCAAGGUCUGAGCAGUCCAUGGUUAAGAGAUAUUGAUCCUAACAGCAUUCCACCACCAGAGUAAGUUUAAAAAAAAAAUUUCAUAUUAUAGUGCCAUCAUUCGGUAUGUUGAGAUAGCUACAUUUAGUUUAAAAUUCAUUCUUGUGAAUCCCAAAAUAUGAAUAGCUUUUGUUUUUGUUAACUUGGGAAAUAAGCAUCGCUAGCUGUGCAAUUAAGUCAAUACAUUUGUGGCUGUUUUGAGCAAUACAUUUAUUUCAAUAGUAAGGUUUUUUUAUUUUUGGAUAAAGAUGUCGUACUAUAUUUCUUGGCCACUUUAGUGUAUCUGCUGCAUUUUAGACAAAAUAUUUACUCAUGCACAUAGCUGGCUUGCACCUAAAUUUCCUAUUACUGGCAUCCCUUUAGUUCAUUUAAAGGGGACCAUCAGGUAUAUAUGUGUUGACCAUUACUUGACAUAAACCAAUAUAUGUGAUAACAAAGUGAGAUAUUGUCUUAAUUUAAAAAAAUAUUUUAGAAAAUACCUUCCAUAGCUUGUCAUAUUUAAAUAACAUUCAUUGCUAAAUAAAUCAGCUUAUGCAUUUUGUUAAACCGUAUCAAUUAUCUAUAAAGACAUACGGUACAUACAUAAAUUUCCUCUUUAAUAAAUAAUGCAAAUAUUUAAGAUAAUUUUAUGUAAUUUUGAUUUCAAAAGUCCCAUAAUCAUUCAAAUUGUAAUACAAAACCUAGUGUAAUUAGACAUUGGAAUUGUUUUUCAGUUUACCUAAAGAUCAAGACUGUCAUGAACUUUGGUGCAAAAAUCGAAAGAAAGAAAUGAGAGAGUUGCUAGGUAAAGAAACAGAUUUUGGACUAAAAAAUCAAUCUGUCCCACGAAUGCCAACUAAUCGGCCAUUUGCAGAUUCCUCUGAAUCAAAGUCAUUCCCAUUAAAAUCUGCUGUUGGACUUGAACAGAAGGAGGAUGCUAAACCGGUUGAUUCAUCUGGACAUGUUGAUAACAAAGAUGCACAAAUUCAAUUAGCAAAUUUAAUAACAUUGCUCCAAGGACAGCAAAAUCUCAGUGUCCCCCAGAUAGCUAAAAAGUUGAAUAUUACUGUAAAUUCUCAAACAUCAAUGCUUUUGAAUAAUUUAAGACAUCAGUUGAUUCAGGCAUUGUCUGCUGUACAGAAGAACCCAGGAUCUGACAAAUUUGAUCCCAAUUCUGUAUUACCAAAUUCACUUUCCACAAUGCAAAGUGUUCUCUCUGGUAGUGAAAAUACAGUUUUGCAGAGUUUGCCAACGAACAGUUCAUCUUUUUCUGGAACAACACAAUUCUUCCCUGGCACUACAGAUUCAUCACAAGGAAGCAGCAAAAACAGCAGUAGUACACACACAUAUUUUGAAAGCACUGUAAGCAGACAACAAAGUGCAGAAUAUUCAACUGUUUCAGAAUCAAAUAAAGAUAAAAAUGCUGGAGUGAAAGCUGCAUUAGCCCAAUUACUUGCACAGCAAGGUAUUGGAGUUAAGAUUGGGGGAAAUCAAUUUGAUGGAGUGACAUCUUCUGCAUCAACAUACUCACCUAGUGCACCUUAUGCUUCUCAGGCAUCUUACAAUAAAUCUACCGAAGCUCCAUAUAACAGCUAUCCUGGGCGAGAUUCACUUAGCGCAAGUUUUGCUGAAGAGCAGCAUACUGGUUUGAAUACUUUAUAUAAAGAAGAUUCAUCGGCUAGGCAAGGACAUAGCUCUCAGUAUUAUCCUCCUUUUAGAGAUAGUGCUAGGAAUACUAGUAGUAAUACAGUGACUCAGGAUCCCCAUGACAGAGAUUAUAGUGGAUCAGGUUCAUUUGAUUCUAGACUUAAGUGGUAGCUCUUACCUAGCAGUUAACUAGAAAGUGGAAUAGAAGUAUUAAAAGGUUUGUGCCUUCUGCAGUAUAUGUCAUGUAUAUAUUCUUAAAUUUUGGUGGACUGGAUUCUCAUAUACUGUUUUAAUAAUAAAAAAAUUGUUGCAAAGGAGCUGCAAUUUACUUGGGCUUUGUUUAUAGUAAGUUAAAGAAGCUGAUCGACUGUUCAUGUUGUCAGCGACUGUUCAUGUUGUCAGCGUAUGAUUAUUAAUAAGGGGUGUCAUGAAAUAAUGUUGAAGCAAAUAUUUGCUCCUUCCAAAAAACUAUUUAAAAGGGUGAUAUUCUUUUUGCUGAUAUUGUUUUUAAACAUUUAUUGUAUAUUCUAAUGUUUCUGUCAUCACACUAAUUGACUGUAAAUUUGCAUUAUUCAAUCAAAUUAAACAAGGUCAUUAUUGUAUAGUUACAAUUCCUUGCCAAAUUUUUCUUUAUUUUUAAAAAGUUCAAUUUUCGUAAUACUAGGGGGAGCUAAUUUUAAAAAUAGUUUAAUUUGAAUAUCACUAUUGACAUGCACAAGUCAGUUGGUUAAGGGUGUUUAAGGCUAUACAUUACAGUCUACUACUUAAAGCCUGGUAUUUAUUCCAAGUUCUAGCAUGUUAUGAAUUAACUUCAGAUGAAAUAUUGAUUUGAACCCAAGUUUCUUGUGGUCUUAAAAUUAAUAGAUGAUCUUAAAAUAUUGUUAUAAUAAAGACUGUACUGUGAUUUCAAUAAAACAAGUCAUUUGUUUGU